GUCACUACUAGCUGUCACUUGUCAUUUAAACUUCAAGCAACUGUCAAAAGUUGACGCAAUAGUCAACACGCAGCCGUCCGUCAAUUAAUUUAAUAUCGGAAUCGGAUAUUUCCUUUUCUAUUUCCCAGUCGGUGGUUGGUGAAGUGGCUCGACAUUACUGCGAGUAAAUUCACCGAUAAGCUAUCGUAGCGUUUAAAUGUGCAUUUAAAUAGAGGUCAACCGUACGAAUACCGAAAAAAAUGGCAGCGCCUGUAGUAAUCGCGGCUACAGCCAAACACACUGGAACACUGAUAUUCCUGCACGGAUUAGGAGACACGGGGCAAGGAUGGGCGAGCGCUAUGGCUAUAGUGCGGCCCCCGCACGUCAAAGUUAUUUGCCCGACUGCCCCUACGAUGCCAGUUACGUUAAACGCAGGAUUCCACAUGCCCAGCUGGUUCGAUCUCAAAACGUUGGACGAAUCGGGCCCCGAAGACGAACAAGGGAUCAAAGCGGCGUCGAAGAACGUUCACACGCUAAUAGAAAAGGAAAUUUCCUCGGGAAUCCAACCGGAUAGGAUCGUCGUGGGCGGGUUUUCGCAAGGGGGCGCUUUGGCCCUGUUCUCGGCCCUGACGUAUCCCAAACGUUUAGGCGGCGUGGUGGCCUUGUCCUGUUGGCUGCCGUUGAACAAGCAAUUCCCGGCCGCUAAAAUAACCGAUGACGCUCUGUCGAUUUUGCAGUGUCACGGCGACUGCGACCCGGUGGUGCCCUACAAGUGGGGUCAAAUGACGGCUUCGAUACUGAAAACGAUGCUGAAAGAUGUCGAAUUUAAAUCGUACAGGGGCUUGUCGCAUUCGUCAUCGGAAGAGGAAUUAGCCGAUAUUAAACAAUUUAUACACAAGCAUCUUCCUAGUCAAUAGAGGAUUUGUUUUAGUUACCGAAUUUGCAUUUACUCCUUCAAUGGUCUCGAGUUUCGACUUAACACGUUAGAGUUCGAAAUUAUAUUUAUCACAGAAAUAUUUUUAAUAUCGACAUUUCGAACGGAUUGAAUGAUUGUUUUUAUUUCGAGAAUGCGUUACGUUGAGAAAACGUACGAAUUGCAAUAAAAUAUACUUUCGAAUUCCGUUAGAUUGUUCUGAAAUUA